AUCACAAAACUCUCUUAGUUCACUGGGACUCUUCUCUCAUUGAAAGCCUUUGUGUGCCUUUGUUCUGUCUUUCCACAGAGAAUCCAUCCAAACCUCACCAAAAGAUAAUCAUGUCUGAUGCAGAGGAGGAAUAUGAAGAACAAGCAGAGGAGGAGGAGGAGGAAGCUACAGAGGAAGCUGAAACAGAGCAGCAAGAGUAUACAGAAUAUCAAGAGGAGACUCAGGAGGAAGGUGAGGAGGAGGAAAGACCACGUCCCAAACCCAUGGUCCCACAACUUGCCCCUCCAAAAAUCCCAGAGGGUGAGCGGGUGGAUUUUGAUGAUAUUCACCGAAAAAGAAUGGAGAAGGACUUUCUAGAAUUACAGACUUUAAUUGAUGCCCACUUUGAGCAGAGGAAAAAGGAGGAAGGAGAACUGAUUGGUCUAAAGGAUAGAAUUGAAAGGCGACGGUCAGAAAGAGCCGAUCAGCAACGUGUUAGAGCAGAGAAAGAAAGAGAUAGACAAAUAAGGAUUGCGGAAGAGCGUCAGAGAAAAGAGGACGAGGAGGCUAAAAAGCGAGCAGAUGAUGAUGCCAAAAAGAAGAAGGUUCUAUCUAAUAUGGGGGCCAACUUUGGUGGCUUCUUAGCUAAGGCAGAGCAAAAAAGAGGAAAACGUCUGACUGCACGGGAAAUCAAGAGAAAGACUCUUGGAGAAAGGCGCAGCCCUCUUGGCAUUGAAAACAUGCGAGAGGAUGGCUUAAGACAGCAAGCUCAGGAAAUGUGGAACUGGAUUUCCCAGCUAGAGUCAGAGAAGUUUGAUCUGUUGGAUCAUAUGAAGAAACAGAAGUAUGAGAUUGUUGUUCUGCUGAACAGGAUUUCUCACGCUCAAAAGUUCAAAAAAGUCCAUGGUAAAGGGAAAGUUGGAGGCCGUUGGAAAUAAGAAAAAUGCGGAAAUUAUGUCAACACGGGAUCUAUUUCUUCUCUUACUCUUUUGACACUUUCACAACGUCUGCCAAAACUUACAGUACAGCGAUUUCUGAAUGUAUUCAUAAUAAAAACCUUCUUAGCUGCAGCUGAUUUUCACUUAUUCACAGUAAGACUUGUGUUGCAAGGUACAUUGAUUAUGCAGCUAAAACAUGGAAGGGGAAAGUUGAGGAAAUAA